ACGGCUAAGACCAUAGUUUGGUCCAUCUCGCCAUAAAUUAUUCUUUAAGGCUUGUAAUUUUGUCAUAAAUUAAAUUAAGGACAUUUAACAAUGAAUUCAUUCAAAUGUGUUUGUAACUGUGACUCGGAACCGCGUUUUAUAUUGAAUGGAUUGCACGACUCGACAGAGUCAACCCAACUGGACAAAGCCCUCGAUCAACUGGUCGAUUCGGCUUGGGGAGACGAAGAUGAGGAAGCUGAUGAAAUACUUGCAUGCUUCAUAGGAAACCUCAAGAAAGGAAACUACACCCAUUCGGAAAAUGACUUCGAGGAUGUCUUUAGCAGUAACAAAGGACUCAGUCCGAAUGCGAUCCUAACAAGUUUAACAUACGAUGGAGGAUCCUGCCACUGUCGUCAAGUGUCUCACAGGAUUUCUAUUGCGCUAAACUGGGGUCUUGCCGAAUUGCACUGCAGGAGCCAACCGAACGAGCUGCGUCUCUUGGAAGUUCUUGAAUUGGUGGAGCCCUUUGCAGGAAUGUCCGUUAACGAGAAAGGCUGGCAAUCUUUUCUUCAGCAAUUGUGGAAGUUCAGUAUCGAGUCAGGUAAAAGGAAAUUAACGGCUAAAAUGGUAUCGAUCUACCCAGACGAGAUUAAUCGUUUACUGGAAAAGGUGUUGAGUUCUGAUGUCAUUGAUGGUGAAUCAUUUCUGGAUAAUUCGGAUUUCAAUAGUAUAAUUUCCAUUAUAACUCUGCCGGAGGUGUUUAGACAUGUAAGCUUAUAUUUAGCACAGAGAAACUCAGUCUGUUCAGUUCAGGUUCAAAUCUUGCUAAAUGCAAUCCUGAAAGCAUUGAAGUCAAGUUUACCAAAAAGUCGUUUGUUAGCUCUUUAUUCCGAUAAGCUAAGUUCAAUCGCGGUAAUACUGCAUGAAACUAUUAAUCCAGAUGAUCCGUUAGUGGCGAAUCUGCUUGACCGGGUCAAGGAGGAAUGCUGUCUAGAUUUCCUUAUUCUUGUUACACACUUUCCAAUUUUUUCACAUAUGAAAUAACAUUUCU